AUGACCACGCGCUCAGACCUCCUAAAACCAGUCCAGGCCCUCAUAGAAGCCCUAACGAACCCAAACCCAACAAACCCCCACCAACUCCUCUCAACCUUCACCACCCUCCCAAAACCUCUAGCCUACGAACACGGUCUCCCACAACUAGCCCCCUUCCUAGGCCGGCCCUUCAACGGCCAAGAUGGGGUCGCAACGUACUUCGAGCUCAUCUCCUCGCUGCUGGGAAUCAAGAAUAUGGCCUUCGAGCCCGAGGAGAGCUGGGUAGUUGACACGAGCUGCAUGGCAGUUUCGCUGCGCGGAACGGCGACGUUCGUCUGGAAGGAGACGCGGCAGGCUUGGGAUGAGACGUUCGUGUACCGCAUUAAGCUUGCUGUUGAUGGGUCGAGGGAGGGGGGGAGGUUGGCGGUUUGUGAGUACCACGUUUGGGCGGAUACGGGCGCUGCGUAUCUUGCUAGGUGUGAAAGGUUGGGGGAUUUAGUGGGUUCUGCGAGUGAUGGUGAGGGGAUUCAUCUAGAUUACGAUAUGAACGGGGAGGACAUAGAAUAG